AUCAGCAUCACUGACAACCUCAUUGUCAUCAUCAGUAGAAAAGUUUCCCUGUGAGACAUAUACAUGCAUUUGGACCUCUAGUUUAAUGCACAAACUUUUUUUAAUGUUUAUACGUACUAGCUAAAAAAGGAACAAAGAAUUGGCAAAUUAUUCAUCUGUGCAUGAUGGUAAAGAAGCACCAUUUUAAAAAGACAGAAAUGUAAGAAGACACAAAACAAAACAACUGUAUCCUCACAUGAGCAUCAGGAGAGUUCCUGUUAGAUUUGCUGAAACUGUCACCACUAUCAUCAUUGGAAAUGUUUUCCUGUAAUCAUGAAAUUAUAAACAUAAAGGGGCAUGUUAGACAUGCCUUCUUGACAUUCAUGUAUGAAUUUGUUACUGAAAAUGUUUUUUAGGCAAAUAUCAAAACAUGAAUUACUUUAACUAUAUCUGGAAUAAGCCAUGUCUUGUAUGGUCUUCUUUUUUUUGCACCUGAAGUAGAAGAAAGAGCAGAUUUUUUGCUUAUUUGAUGUAAGCUGAUAUGUAAUUGUACAAUAAGAAACAAAUAGCCUAAAUUAGAAUUAAUUGCAUAUUAUUCUGAAUUCAGCAACCUGUUGUAUUCUGCGUCCAUCGCCUUUUUGUGGCAGCUGGAACUGGUGCCUCUUCAUUUAAGUACACUUUGUACUCCAUUUGUAUCCUUUAAAAAAUAAACAUGUGAGUGUUAUUUGUAAACAUAAUAUAUUUUCUGAAAUAAUAUAGCUUGAUCCAAACUGUAAUAUCAAAACAUUUUAUAAAAAUAAUAACAUCUGUGUAUUUGACAGUAGGAACAUUAAAUUAAGCACUUUUUUACAGAAAAUAAAUGGUUUGGUCGUGGAAGACUCUCUGUUUUAAGGAAUCUGUGUUUUACAGAUUCAAGUCUUUCACACAUAAAAAGACGCUCGGUUUUCGCCACCUACUGGCGUAACAGUGUAAUUUACAAUAGCGCCGCUAAAUGAAUCUUUUUAGAGAAAAGAUUCGAUUCACUGAGAUGACGCGCUUCUUUGACGUCCUGCACGAUUCAUUUUUGAAUGCAACUGUCACCAACCGUCUUCUGAAGAAAUAAUUGUAAUCAGCACCGGAGACUUUGCAGAGCACUGGCAGGUGUAUAAGAAAAUGACGAAAACAUGGGUUCUGGUAGAAUGGAGGGAGGAGCCACCCACCUACGACAUUGUCCCUAAAAAGGACAUACUAAAAAAAAAGUUUGAACCUGGGGAUGUUGUGGAUGUGGCCUACGAGGACGAAAGUUCACCAGCCACAAUUAUAGACAUUGAUGGUAAAAAGUACAGCAAACAAGAUUCAGUCAUGAUAGAAGAUAUGUAUUUCCUUAAGUAUUUUGUCCCUUUAGAGAACAAAGAAACCCUCAGGAGGAGGAUGUUUAGGCUGGAGGGGAAAAGAAGAACACAGGCAUGUGUGCCAAAUACAGAAAAAAGAGUGGCAAAGAAAAAGAAAAUGUACACUCCAACUCAGUCCCCAUCAUCUGAUUCAGAGCCUCCAAUGAAACAUCAGGUCAUUAACAGAAAGAAUAUUAUGUUAAUGCAAGAGAUAAACAGCAUGGACAGUCAAGCUGGAGAGUCAAGCCGGGAAACUCAGCUGGAGCAAGAAAUUUGUCGACUACAGAAAGAAAAUGAAAAUCUACGUGCCUUGAAUAUAUCUUUGCAGCAAAAAAUUCUACCAAUGCUUGAAUCCAUGGCCCCGAACAUUACACUCAGAACAGAUACUCUCAACAAUCAAAAAUCCCAAGAGAAUUUGAGCCACAAAAAUCCCCCUGAAAAGACACAGGGUCUAGGAAUUAGUCCUACUGUCCUGGCAAGUUGUGGACGGGGUGGCACAUCAUGCUCUGCCAUGGUUAAAGAUCUGGCAGUAGCAGUGUUUGGACGAGAGACGUUGGCCACUCAUGGGCUGUCUGGAAGGGCUGGUAAUGCAAAUAAAGGCACUACGGCAAAGCCAGCUCUUGACCAAGACAAAGUAAUGCUCAUCUUGGACACAGUACAGAAAAAAUUCCCAGAUGUUCCAAUAAAGUUCAUCAGGGCAGCACUCAGAGAAAAAUUAAAUGAUGAACACAAGUUACGAGUAAGGAAAAUGGAGUAGAUGUCUGGCUUCAGCAAAAUUUGGCUGUGAAUUGGACUCCGUUUCACUCUUUCUUUUUUAUUAAAAU